AUGGCCGCAGUACCUAACGGCAUUCAUAACCCCGGAACCGCAGAUGGCUGGCAUGGCGUCAUUCCCAGUGCUGAAUUCCCAGCCGAAAGAGACCGCUAUCACCUAUACAUCGGACUUUUCUGUCAAUUCGCCCAUCGCGCAAAUUUUGUCCGUCAUCUCAAAGGCCUGGCGGAUUUCAUUGAUAUCAGCAUCGUAAAACCGUAUCCGAAGAGUGACGAGGGAUGGCGAUUCCCAAGCUCGGACGAGGAGUAUUCCGGUGCGACAGUCGACCAUUUGUUCGGGGAAGAUUACCUGCAUAAGAUCUAUUUCCGGGCGGAUCCUGAGUACAAGGGUCGUUACUCGGUACCCGUGUUAUGGGAUCAGAAGGCUGGGACUAUCGAGAGCGCUGAAUUACUUCGGUGGCUUCCUACAGCUUUUAACGAGCUUCUCCCUGCAACACUCGCAUCGGUUGAUCUUUACCCAUCGCAUUUGCGAGCGAAAAUUGACUCGAUCACGUCCUGGAUGCAAGAUGAUAUCAAUUUCGGUGUGUACAAGGCAGGGUUUUCGCCAACCCAAGAAGUCUACGAGAAGAAUGUUGUGCCAGUCUUUGGUGCACUGAAUAAGAUUGAACAAAUAAUUGCCCAGAAUGGAGGUCCCUUUGUCUUGGGGAAAGAAAUCACCGAGUUAGAUAUUCGUCUAUAUGCGACAUUGAUUCGAUUUGACGUGGGCUACGCUCAGUAUUUCAAGUGCAAUCUGGGUACUAUUCGACAUGACUACCCAGUGUUGAAUAACUGGUUGAAGGGAAUGUACUGGGACGUUGAGGCGUCACGGGCAUCUACUAACUUCAAGCAUAUCAAGGAAAAUUAUACCAAGAGCACCAAUCCAAACGCAAUCACACAUAUGGGUCCAUUCCCUGACAUUGAAGAAGGUGUCGAAAGGCAUUGGAGUAGAUUGGUUGUAGGUGGAGUUAAGCAUCCGGCAGUCUUGGAAUAUGAGCAGACUUUGCCAAAUCUCCCCUAG